CCAAUCCAUCCAGGGACCCCGGAAUUUCUAAAAUAAGACUAGCUCGUCCUUACCCUCGUCCCGCAGAAGGCUGUAGCCGCAGCGAGUGGGAUGGUCCCGCGUUUACGGAGCAAUCGCGAGCCACUAAUUUUUUUUCCCAUUCCCCCUUCCCUAUCGGCGGGAGCCACAGCUCGCAAGCGCGAUCUCACAUCACCUCACCCAACUUCCCGCAAAACUUCCCACCCGUAUCCGAACUUCCAAUCCCAUCUUUCCCGCACCACGAGACCCGGUCCCACCCUAAAUUCCCCCGGCUUCUCCGUACGCUGCAUUACAUAACGAAACUACUGUCCCCCCGUCUUCGGCCGCGGCUGUACAUGCGACAUGACGCGCCGCCCGUAAGUAGCGCAACGGGUAGCAGCGAACAUGGGGAAGCGGCGGAAGGUCGCGCAUAGCAACGCGCAGCAGCAGAGGUCCGGCGGUGGAAGCCAGAAGGCGCACGCGCACGCGCAAAAGGGGAAGAAGGCGACACAAGGACCGCAGCAGCAGGCGGCGAAGUCCCACAAGCAGCAACAGCACGACGAGCCCACGAUCCCGUUCGCGCCCGAACACAAGAUCCUGCUCAUCGGCGACGGCGACCUCAGUUUCGCCGCCUCGCUAGUCGAGCACCACUACUGCGCCGACGUCACGGCCACAGUGCUCGAGCGCACCCCCGAGGAGCUCGUGGAGAAGUAUCCGCACGUCGCGGAAAACAUCGGGAAGAUCGAAGCCGAGGGGUGCGGGAGGGUGUUGUAUAACAUCGACGCGACGAAGAUGGCUCCUUUUCUCGACAAAAAGGGCAAAGACAGGGUCGGGACAAUGGACCGCGUGAUGUUCAACUUCCCGCACGUCGGCGGGAAGAGCACGGAUGUCAAUCGCCAGGUGCGCUAUAACCAGGAGCUUCUCGUCGGCUUCUUCAAGCGCGCGGCGCCGUCGCUGGCGCCGGGGGGGAAGAUCGUCGUUACGCUGUUCGAGGGCGAGCCGUAUACGCUGUGGAAUAUCAGGGACCUUGCUAGACAUAGUGGUCUGCAGGUCGAGCGCAGCUUCCGGUUCCAGGCCGCGGCGUACCCGGGCUAUCACCAUGCCCGCACGCUUGGUGUUGUGAGGAGUAAGACUGGCGAGGUGGGCGGUGGGUGGAGGGGUGAGGAGCGCGCGGCGAGGAGCUAUGUUUUUGUUCGGAAGGACGAUGAGGUUGCGGUGUCGAAGGGGGGUACCUGGGGGAAGAAGCGUGAGCGCGCGGAUGACGAGUCCUCUGAUGACGAUUGAUGCAUCUCUCACGCUUGCUUCUUCUUAGUGAGGACAGUGACCCAGAGAUUGGAGAGGUAUUUGCCUUUUGGUCAUUGGUAAAGUGUGGUAUACGUAUUACCUGGGGGUCAAAUGACCAUGCUAGAAAAUUGGGUAGACGAUGACCGGAAACUGUUAUCCUGGCCGGUCCCAACGGUUGGUAUGGAAUAUCGGAUCAGUAUCCGAAAGGCUGGUGGCAAUAAUACAGCUGGUACAUUUUCCUCUGGGAAAUAGUAGGUAGCCAGCCUUUGCUUUGGAUAGAAGUCAUAUCUUCAUCUCUGAUCCUUCAUUUGGGUUAUUAGAUGUGCAUUCUAUUCAUCCCCGAAGAACGAUGUCGACCCCCUAGUUUUUAUGUGCCUUGCACAUUGGAUAUAUUCUCGUUGGAAAGUUGGUGUCAUUGUGUUGGAGGCUAUUGGAGUGUACUGAUUGGGUUGUGUGGGAACACCAUACUGUAAGGAUAUCAACAAAUCGCGUUAUUCAACAGGCCACUCCAACUAGACAAUGUGAGCCAAAAUAUCGAUAAUGAAAGACCAUUGGUCCAGACGUUGCUGUAAGGGCUAUUCAACAUAAACGUGCUUACCCAAAAGUAAGACAUGGUGGUGGAACUAAGACGAAAACCACGAGUUUGGCCUCGCUGUCUUAUGUCAGUCUAUCAACCUCAACCUACACCAGAGAUCUGGAGAGGGAGGGUAGAAAUUCAUAUGAAUCCCGAAAUCCGUA